ACCAUGAAAAAACAUCUUUCCCCCUCACCUGUCCUCCUCCCCUGCUCUCUCUUUUUAUGGCUUCUUCUUCAGGAACCAACACUUCCAAUACUUCUUCUAUAAAUUCCCAAGCAGCCUUCCAUUUCUCCAGCUCAAACCCCAUGGCUGCUUCCUCCUCUUUCAUGAUGGACAACAUUAACCAAAACAGAAGCACUUCGAUGACCAGCUGGGGACUUUCUGACCAUCAGGCAACUGAUAAAUUUGGCAUUGAAAUCCCAAAGUUCAAGUCACUUGCUCCCUCUUCACUGCCCAUCUCUCCAGCUCCUGUUUCUCCUUCUUCUUACUUGGCUACACCUCCUGCAGCUUUUAGCCCUACUGAUUUCUUGGGCUCACCUGUUCUCUUCUCCACUUCUAGUAUUUUCCCUUCUCCGACAACAGGGGCUUUUGCUAGUCAAACCUUAAACUGGAGGAGUAAUUCUAAUGACAAUCAACAAGGAAUCAAGGGGGAACACAACAACUUCUUUGAUUUCUCUUUUCAACCCCAGCCAAGGCCUUCCUCGACUUCAUCAUCCACCUUUCAAUCUUCUUCAAACAUUGUUUCGGUGGAACAAUCGACUUGGAAUUUCAGUGAGCCCAUGAAGCAACCUGGAUUGCCCGUGGAGAAGGCUGCUGGAGUAAAAUCAGAAUUUGCUCCGAUGCAGAACUUCUCCUCGGAAAUGGCACCAUUACAAACGACUAUGCAACAAAGCAAUACGGAUUCCCAACCAGCUGCUUACAGCCAAUACAAUCAAUCGACUCAGUACCCCAGGGAGAACAGAAAGGUGCAAGAUGGAUACAAUUGGAGAAAAUACGGGCAAAAACAAGUGAAAGGAAGUGAGAACCCACGCAGUUAUUACAAGUGCACAUAUCCCAACUGCCCCACAAAGAAGAAGGUGGAAAGAUCUUUGGAUGGACAGAUAACUGAAAUAGUUUAUAAGGGAAGCCAUAACCACCCCAAGCCUCAGUCUACAAGAAGGUCAUCAUCUCAUUCUGCAUGCACCAACUCGGAAAUAUCGGAUCAAUCAGGUGGUACAUUAGGGAACGAGCGAACAGACUCCUUUCUCGUGCACGAGGAUACUUCAGGUUCCAUAGGGGAGGAUGAGUUUGACCAAGCUUCACCAAUAAGUAAUCCAGGUGGUGAUGACAAUGAAAAUGAACCCGAUGCCAAAAGAUGGAAAGGUGAAAAUGAGAAUGAGGGUAUCAUAGGUUCUGGUAGCAGAACGGUGAGAGAGCCUAGAAUAGUGGUGCAAACAACAAGUGAUAUCGACAUUCUUGAUGACGGGUAUAGAUGGAGGAAAUAUGGACAGAAAGUAGUAAAAGGAAAUCCCAAUCCAAGGAGCUACUACAAAUGUACAACAAUUGGCUGUCCGGUGAGAAAACAUGUUGAGCGAGCAUCCCAUGAUUUGAGGGCCGUGAUCACAACUUACGAAGGGAAACACAACCAUGAUGUUCCAGCAGCACGUGGGAGCGGCUACGCAAUAAACAGAGCUUCCACUACAAACAACAGCAAUGCUCCCAUGCCUAUAAGGCCUUCUGCGGUCCCCGGUCAGGCUAGCAACACAAGUUACCCAAACUCCCUUCAGACAAGAUUGCCAACAUCAGGAAGUCAACCUCCAGUUACCUUGGAAAUGCUGCAGAACCAAGGUGGUUAUGGAUUCUCGGGAUUUGGAAAGGCCAUUGGCUCCUACAUGAGCCAAGCACAAUUCUCAGAAGGGGCAUUUGCUAGAGCUAAGGACGAACCCGAGGAUGAUUCGUUUUUUGAUGGAUUCCUUUCUUGAAAGUGAAACAACUAACUUUAGGAACACAUCAACAAAGCAGAUGUUUAUCAAUUAGCUUUUGCUUGUUUUGAUUGUAUAACUAUACAGUUACUUUGGUUCUGUAGGUUUUAUAACUGAUACACAGAAUUAGUGCAUUUAUUCAUU